AUGGCGCGAGGUGCAGGCCGCGGCGCAGCAGACGCAGCGGGGCGAGCUCGCCCACCGGAGCACCGGCCAGACCGCGCGACAGACUGGGCGUGGCGGCCUCCCCAAGCAGCAGUCCUAGUGGCGCAACGGCCGACUCGUCCAACGGCGCGGGAGGCGGCCGCUGUCACCACCACGCGGCUUGCGAUGCCGGAGCCCGUCGUGGAGAAGGCUCCGCUGCCACCGAAGACCUCUCUUGUAUUUGAUAGCAUGCCUAAAAGGAAUGAAGUAUCUUGGACUUCAAUGAUGUCAGGGUAUGGAAUGCAUGGUCGUGGUAAGGAGGCUUUGGACAUAUUUGACAAGAUGCAAAAGGCAGGCUUUGUUCCUAAUGAUAUUUCCUUCCUGGUUCUUCUUUACGCUUGUAGCCAUUCUGGCAUGGUGGAUCAAGGUCUGGAUUACUUUGAUAUCAUGCGUAGAGAUUAUGGUGUAGUUGCCAGUGCAGAGCAUUAUGCUUGUGUUAUUGACUUGCUGGCUCGCUCUGGGCGAUUAGAUAAGGCAUGGAAAACGAUUCAGGAAAUACCAAUGGAGCCUAGUGCAGUUAUCUGGGUUGCAUUACUUAGUGCCUGCAGAGUUCAUUCGAAAGUGGAACUUGCUGAAUAUGCUCUGAACAAACUGGUCAGUAUGAAAGCAGAGAAUGAUGGAUCCUACACGCUUAUCUCCAACAUAUAUGCUACUGCAAGGCAGUGGAAAGAUGUAGCAAGAAUCAGACAACUGAUGAAGAAAUCAGGGAUUAAGAAGAGGCCAGGAUGCAGCUGGGUCCAAGGUAACAAGGGCACUGCAUCUUUCUUUGUUGCAGAUCGAUCACACCCUCUCUCUCCAGAGAUAUAUUCUCUUUUAGAGAGACUAAUUGGUCGCAUCAAGGUUAUGGGUUAUGUCCCCGAGACAAACUUUGCACUGCACGAUGUUGAUGACGAGGAGAAAAAUAAUCUUCUCACUGAACACAGUGAGAAGCUUGCUCUCGCAUAUGGGCUCCUCACAACUUCCCCUGGUUGUCCCAUACGGAUCACAAAGAACCUUCGUGUUUGCGGUGAUUGUCACAGUGCAUUCACCUACAUCUCCAAGAUUGUCGACCAUGAGAUCAUUGUACGUGAUUCCAGUCGCUUCCAUCAUUUCAAGAAUGGCUCUUGUUCCUGCGGUGGCUAUUGGUGA